GUACUACCAUAGACAACGUCCAAUUCUUUAAACCUAUAGUUAAGAGUAGCAUUGAUCUCACUGCUGUUACGGAGCUUAUAUCAAUCAAUGAACAAAAAGAUAAAAUUGACAGCUUAUUAGAAUCACAAUAUGGUUCGUCUCAUUCCGAAAAUGAGAAGGAAUCUAAUGAAAACGGUGGAAAUGAUGAGAAUAAUGAUGAUGGUGGGAAUGGAAGCGUAACUGAUAACUCUGAAAAUAUUAUAGUUACAUCAAGUUGCCGAGCUGUAAGUAAAGAAAACCAAGAGAUUUUUCAAGAUUUUGUCAUUGUUGUUUCUAUCUGUGCAAAUGUUACCCCCGUUGACAAUAAAAAUUAUUCGAAAGUUUUAAAAUUUUCUGUUGAUAUACAAAAAUGUGCAACUGGGUCUAUGCUUAGUGAAAAAUCAUCGCUUCACAAGAAUGAUUUUGGCUAUUUUCUCGAUUCCGUUGUUAUUAAAGUUUCAACAAUUCGCGAAACAAGCAAAGGAAUCAACAGACAAGUCAGUGGAACAAGAAUCAAGGUGACAGGUGCUUAUAAUAAAAAGAAUGCACAUAAUAUAGAUAAUCAAGUCAGUGGAACAGGAAUCCAGGUGACAGAUGAUUAUAAUACAAAGAAUGCACUUAAUACAGAUGGACAAGUCAGUGGAACAGGAAUCAAGGUGACAGAUGAUUAUAAUACAAAGAAUGCACUUAAUACAGAUGAACAAGUCAGUGGAACAGGAAUCCAGGUGACAGAUGAUAAUAAUACAAAGAAUGCACUUAAUACAGAUGAACAAGUCAGUGGAACAGGAAUCCAGGUGACGGAUGAUUAUAAUACAAAGAAUGCACUUAAUACAGAUAGACAAGUCAGUGGAACAGGAAUCCAGGUGGCAGCUCAUAUAUUGAAAAUAUCCUUUGAUAAUAUUGAUAAUUUUGAAAGAUAUUAUGCAAAACUUGAUAAAAUAUACUAUGAACAAAAUGAUCUAAUUUAUGAUUUAAAAAGUAAAGACUUUCAUAAAGAAGACACACAAAAAUAUGCAGGCAUAAAUGAUUUUACG